UUAUUUUCUCUCUCUGCCUGCAGAUUUGAAAGAGAAGCUUCAUCUGUGAGUCUCAAAAUGGAUGGGCUUCUCAGAAGAGGGAAAACUAUUCUUCCUGCUUUGAAAAAUUGGAACAGUUGGUGCCAAAAGCAGCAACAAUGUUACAGGUUUUAUUGUGAUAUUCAUGCAAGACAAAAGUGUGUAUCCCAGCACUUCCAGGCAAUGAAUCUGCGAGAGGAUAGCAUAGCACCACAGCAAACCAGCAAACCGGGUGAACUGACAUGUAAAAGUCAGAGACUGAUGUUACUAGCAGGACUUAUCUACCCAGCCAGUCCCGGCUGCUUCCACUAUAUGCCCUACACUGUCCGAGCACUGGAGAAGCUCAUCAAAGUGAUAGACCAAGAAAUGCAGGCUAUAGGGGGUCAGAAAGUGAACAUGCCCGCAUUGAGCUCAGCAGAGCUCUGGAGAGCCAGUGGAAGGUGGGAACUCAUGGGCAGCGAACUAUUACGUCUGGCAGACAGGCAUAGCCAAGAAUACUGCCUAGGACCUACUCAUGAAGAGGCCAUCACAGACCUAAUCGCUUCCCAAGGCCACUUGUCUUACAAACAGCUUCCCCUCUUGCUGUACCAGGUAACAAGAAAGUUUCGAGAUGAGCCAAAACCAUGCUUUGGGUUGCUGCGUGGCAGAGAAUUUUAUAUGAAGGAUAUGUACACCUUUGAUGCCUCCAAGGAAGCUGCCCUCCAGACCUAUGCCCUUGUGUGCAAUGCUUACUGCAACAUAUUCAACAACUUAGGCCUUCGAUUUGUGAAAGUCCAAGCAGCUACAGGAAGCAUUGGUGGGACAAUGUCUCAUGAAUUCCAGCUUCCCGCUGACAUUGGUGAGGACCGGUUGAUGAUGUGCACAGGCUGUGACUUUGCAGCCAAUGAGGAAACGAUAAACCCAGAUGAGAAGCGUUGCCCAGUUUGCAAAGGAAAACUAGCUGAGUACAAAGGGAUUGAAGUUGGCCAUACCUUCUUCUUGGGGACAAAAUACUCCUCUGUUUUUAACGCUACCGUCCGCACUGCAGAAAAUAAGCAUAUUGCGGCUGAAAUGGGCUGCUAUGGGCUGGGUGUGACUCGGAUUCUUGCAGCCUCCAUUGAGGUGCUUUCUACGGAUGAUGCCAUUCGGUGGCCAAGCCUCAUUGCACCAUAUCAAGUCUGUCUUAUUCCCCCAAAGAGAGGUAGCAAGGAGGAGAAAGGGGCAAUGCUCCUGGAGGAUUUAUAUGACUGUAUUGUUGAAGCAGCCCCUCGGCUUAAGGAGGAGAUAGUGUUGGAUGACCGGACACAAUUAACCAUUGGUAAAAGAUUAAAAGAUGCGAAUAAGCUUGGGUACCCCUAUGUUAUAAUAGGUGGCAAGAAGGUUUUGGACGAGCCUUCUCUAUUUGAAGUAUGCAAUCAAAAUACUAAUGAGACUUUGUUCCUUACCAAAGAAGCCAUUGUUAACUUGCUGAGUAAAGUGCAAACUCCCUAAAUACUGGAUAUGUGGCUUUUGAAUAGAGAAAUGUCAGUGUUUCCCCUCUGCCAUCUUAAGCAUAUGGCUAUGGGAGUCUAUCGGAAUUAUUUUUAUUUGUAUCUUCUAGCCCAAGGAUUGCUGUGAAGGCAGAUAUGGUGCUGCCUAUAUGCCAGAGCCUCACAUGCAUACUUGGUUGCCCUUUGAUUUCAACAGCAGACAGCUCCAUCUUUACAAUUGGGGUCUUCUGCAAAGGUGAGGAUCCUGUAGCCCUCCAGAUCAUGUUGGCUGCACAUUCCAUAAUCUCCAGCCAGCAUGACCAAUGGCCAGGAGUGAUGGGAACUGUAGGCUGACAAUAUCUGAAGGGCCACAGUUUUCCCACUGCUUAUUUUGCAUAACCAAAGGCCGGCCUUUUGUUAUGCAAAAUAAUAAUAGUGUCCUGCUUCACAGUUAUUUUGGGGACAGCAGCAUGAAGCUGGAUGUGAUUAAGCCUUAAGGUAAAAAGAAAGUUUGCAAUAAUGUGUUUGCCAGUGCAGCAGUUGUCAUGGAAACAAAAGGCGAAUCCCCACCACUAGUUUCUCUUAGAUGCGCUGUGCCUCUGUAUGAGGGACUCCAAUGGUCUGAGUACUUAACUGGAUCUGUCCCAUCUGAUCAUCUGCUACAUGAAUUCAAAGACCGAGUUGCUGCUUACGUACUAGUGGGUCUCGAUUAUACUAGCCAAAUACUUCCUGGAAGGAUUCGAGAUGGAAUUUGCUAAGAAAAAUAUACCAAGUUGAUA